AUGCUUGCCGCCAAAGACCAGGAAAACCUGGUGCACUCUCACCAGACCGUCGCCGCCGCGAAACCCCUCAACCACGACGUGCGAUCGCUCCAGCCGAAAACGCCGGGCAACAAAGUGCCAAAGACGCCCUUUAGGAUUCCGCUGAAUGACGAAAACAACCCGUUGACUUUUGGUGGAUUGGGAAAGCAAACAGCCGGACCACGCUUAUUUCAGGCCCAAAAAGAAAAUGUCGUUCGACAAGCCGGAAAGGAUGGACUCGGGGAGAAGCGGCCGUUGGCUACACCAAUGGGCAACCAGAAUCGUGCGCCAUUAGGAAUGAAAACAACGAACGCGAAAGCUUUUCAGACGCCAGCGCCGUUGGGGACCGCGAAACCAGUGAAAUCGAGUAAACGAGGCUCGACUGCCCGUAAAUUAAAGCAAUCUGCUCCAAAGCAAGGGCUCAUUUUCAAGGCGCCCAAAACUGCUGAUGAGGAAGACAAGGUCCCUGAUAUUGAAUACAUGCCGCCAAAGCCCACACCCCUUCCAGAUCAUCCUGACGAUAUUAUAUACGACACGAGCUUUCCACAGUUCAAAGGACAAAACUUUGCUCGGGGGUGGGAACGACUGUAUAAUGACGAGUACGAUGUUGGGGAAGACGGGCUUACUAAAAAAGAGAGGGAAUGGAGAAAAGACCAAGCCGUAUUUGACAAAAAAAUUGAUGACCUCAUCUUGCAACAAGUUCAGGACAUGAAGUCUCUAGAUAUUCAAGAGUUUCCUGACGAGCCGUGCAUUGAGGAGCUCGAGGCAAAACGGCUACAAGCAAUGGGAAAAACCGGUCGUCAGCCGUCUAUAAUUCAGUCUCGCACCGCAGCGAAAGCGCUUUCAAAGUUGCCGCGCCCAUCUGUUCAGCCAAAACCGCGAGUGGUUCCCACCGCGAGGUCUAGAGUUAUUCCUAGUUUAACGAGCAAAAGAAAGGCCGUUGUGCCUAUAAACCCAUCACCGAUGCGACAUACGGCCGCAGUAAUUAACUCGAGAACCACCCUAGGCUAUGCAAAGGGACGCGGCGUAUCGUCUGCUCUUCGCAAUCAGUCGUCUAAAGAGAACGUGAAAAAGCCCCCUUCCAGCACCACCAGCAGCAGCAGCAGCAUCAUCUCUCCUGAGAGAUUUAUGCAGCUCUAUGGCCCUCCGGCAGUUGGCACUGAAAUGUGGUCGAGAUGCAAGACAGCGGGUCUCUUCGAUCCUGUUGACGUGGACAAGGCGAUUUACGAUGAAAUCCCCCCAGUCACAUACGAGGAAGAUGAGGAGACAGCUAAUUUCCAGCUCACUGUAUGA